AUGGUUUUGCCGCGGGUUUUUAUUGACAUUGAAAGUAAGGCUGUUUCUGGUAGAGUCUUUAUAGAGCUCUUUAGCGACAAGGCACCCAAGACCAGUGAAAAUUUUCGUGCACUUUGUACAGGAGAAAAAAAUGAUGCUAAAGGACGGCGGCUAUGUUACCAAGGAACCACUUUUGACCGGAUCGUAGCACCAGAGUAUAUUGUCCAAGGCGGCAAAAUCAGUUUCGAUGAUUCUAGCGAAAAUACCAAAAUAAUAGGAGAAUCUAUUUACGGCGAGCCUUUUGAAUCGGAAAACCUUGGUUGGCGAGAUAUUGACGAUAUAGGUCUUGUGUGUAUGGCCAGAAGUCAAGAGAAGGAUGGCCUUAAUGGGAGUCAGUUUUUCAUCACUUUACAAUCCAAUCUUCACAUUGAAAAAUUUUACCCGUGCACUGUUUUUGGAAAGGUUGUUCAAGGAAUAGAAGUUUUAAAGGAAUUGGAAAAGGUUUCAGUGAAUGACAGCUUCAGCCCUUUGGAAGAUGACAAUGUUGUGAUUACUAGGUGCGGAGAGAUGGAGUUUAAGCGGAAAAAGAAAAAACAGCAGAGUGUUCAAAAUGAGGAGGAUCACAAAGAAGGAAAAAAAGAAGAAAAGGAUAUUCAAGAAGAUGAUAUACAAGAAGAUUAUGUCAAAGCUAAGAUGGAAACUGAACACACUCCAAAAGAUCCUAAAGAGAAGCCAGCACCAAUUUCUGAUGAAACUCUUACAGCUAAUGACCCAAUUAAGAAUACUUCUAAAGGAAAUACUAGUAAUAGAUUACGACGUGAUUCGAUGGAUGACUCUAGACGGGGUUCUAGAGAUGAAUCCAGACGUGGAUCUAGAAGUGAGUAUAGGGAAUACUCGCAGCGUAACUUGCGAAGUGAUUCUAGAGAUGAUUACGGUGAGGACUCUCGACAUGGUUCAAGAAAGGACGAAAACUACUUUCGAGGUCAUGGGGAUAGCAGGUCAGGUCGUGAAAGCCAUCAUAAUAAUGAGGUUCGCCGUCGUCGCGAUAGCAAUGGGAACGAAUAUGAAAGCUAUCGGAAUUCACGAGACCACUGGCACAAGGACAACACCAAUAGGCAACGUGAUUACGAUUAUGAGGAUGAUGAUGAUGAGCGAAGAGAGUAUUCUCGACGAGAAAGACGCAGAAGUAGCCAGUCGCCAAGUCGGGAGCGGUCACGGGGGUACAGCCGAGAUGAUCGGCACUGGGACCGCGGGUACGAUUCGCGGUCGUACGAUAGUCGCCGAGGCAGAAGCGGCGGUGAUUAUCAUCGCCCAAAAAGCGUGUACCGAGAGGAGGUACGGAGCGACGGAGUGAUUGUCAAAGGUCGGGGAUCUCUCAAGUAUAGAGAUUCUCGAGAUGAGCCGACAUCAGGGCGGCGACGUGAUCAUGAUUCCUAUAGUAGUUAUGGUCGACUGACUUGA